AUGGACAGUGAUUUACACACUGUGAUUCCUCUUGAACAUCAUGCAUCUAAUUCAUCACAACAGUCACACUCUUUAGCCACUGGACUGGAGAAUGCACUUGACCAGUGUUCUUCAGACUCAUCUGAGAUUGAAAGCAAGUCUGUCAUUUGUCACAUGAAUCCAGAACUUGUUGCAACAAAUUCAAACAAAUUAAACAGUUUGAUGCCAAAAAACUUUCUGAAUAUUAUUCCUAAACCACGCUCAAGUAUUUUUUCACUUCAAAUAGCAGAUGGUACACAUGUGCAAUCAGAAAGCAAGCUGUUAUCAUUACUACCUACCAGAAUAGUAGUUUCAGAUCUUGACAAAACUGCUCAAGAGAUUGCCCUGAUGGCUCCUGUAUCUUCAUCGGCAGUUAUAGGAAAUAUUUUUCAACAGUUUCAAGUCAGUCAGUCUUCUGAUGAUUCCGAAGCAGAAUCAAAAAUGUCACAUUCCUGUGCUGAACAAGAUCAUGCCCCACACACCUCUUUUUCUAUAGAGCCGAUGCAAGUAACAGUACCUCAGCUUGCAAGUGGAAGUGCCCAUUCCACUUGGUGUAAUGGCAUAGGAGCUUCUGAAUUCAUAGCUUCACAUACUACUUCUGAUGAAAUUGAUAAAGAGCAGGAUAUUAUUAAGAAAACAGUUGUGGAGGCAUUUGUAAAGAUGGUGGUUUGCAGGAAGGUCACAGUUCAGAAGGUGCACCUGAAGACAGGAGAGAUUCUGGAUACCAAAGUGAAAACAGAGGAAGAAGAGCCUGUCAUUCUCGGUGUAGACUGUGUUGAGACAACAGAAGAUCUCAUUUCUUCUUCAGUUGCUGAAAUUGCCAUUGCUGAUAAUUGCAGCACUGAUGCAGUGCCAUCAAAGUGGGGAACAUCUCCUGAUGGUGGUUUGAAAUUUCUCAGCGCUGUUUCAGAAAGUAGACAGAAAAUAGGGAAGAGCAUUAUAAAAGAAAAAGGUUUUGUAUCUUCAACACAAAAAGGAGUCUUACCGAGAUUGCCAGAGUCUGAAGAAAACCUAUCAGCACAAGAACAAGUUUUUAAUGAAGCGUUUGUUGUUGAAUCCACCUCCAAUAACGACUCCCUACAUAUCAAAGCAGAACCUGUAACAGAUAGGGAGAGUGAUUGGAAUGAAGAAUUUAAUGACAGCAGUCAAGAUUAUAUCCCAAAUAUAAGUAGAACAAAUUACCAGAAAUCAUCCACUUCAUUGAGAAAAAUGAGCAGAGGAAAAUUACAUGACAGUUCAUACAGUCAUGUCAUGCAACCUUGCAGUGGUGAAAGUAUUAUGAAUGCAUUAGAUCCUGAUGUUCUGGUCUUGUGCCAGAAGAAAAGAGGCAGAAAGAGAAAAUGGGACAAUGCAUUAGGAAUGGCAUCCAAUUUAAAAAUGUGUCAGUUUUGCAACAUAAAUUUUAGUAGUGUUCAGGCAUGCGCCAGGCAUAUGAAAAAGGGAUAUUGCAUCUCAUCAGUAUUUUGCUUUAUUUGUUCGAAAGCAUUUCAAAAUGAGCAGCUGCUAGAAAAUCAUCUUAUGAUACACGGAAGUGAAGUAAAGAGUGAAGCAUUUGAAUGUAGUGAUUGCAAUCGUUUUUAUAGAACCCAUGCAGGAUAUGUGAAACACUUUAGAAUGGGGACCUGCUCAAAAAGGGAUGGUUUUGAAGAUGGACGCACAGGAGAAUUUAAUUGCGAUCUAUGCGAGUCUCGAUUUAGCACAGAAGGUUACUUGAAACUACAUCGAUACAAAGUGCAUGAAAAUCCUAAGGACACACAUGCAUGCUCUGACUGUGGUAAAAGGUUUUAUAGCACACUAGGAUACAAUAAGCAUCGACAAGGAAGACCUUGCACAGAACCUUUAAGAUGCCAUAUCUGUGGAAAAUCUUACUCAAGUAAAGCAAAGGAAAGCUUUAAAAUACAUAUGAAACAUCAUAAAACGGAAGUAAGCGGAAUAACAUUUCAGUGUGAUGAAUGUGACAGAAGUUAUAUGACACAGGUCGCUCUCAACAAGCAUAAGCUGUCUCAUACCGGUGUGAAGCCUUAUAAAUGUAAUGUUUGUGGCAAAGACUUCUCUAUGCGUUACAUGGUGAAAGACCAUGCAAGGAUGCAUACUGGUGAACGUCCAUUCCUUUGUGGUUUGUGUGGUGGUGCUUUUAGUAACAAGGGGCAUUUAGGGCGACAUCUGAGAUCACAUGAAAAUGGAACGUUAAUGAAACGAGGACGUCCAAAGAAGAUCAGAGAUCCAGGUGAAUUGAAAAUGAUUGAAUUUGGGCAAACACUACACAGUUUUGAUGGGCAGACAAUACAAGUUGUUGAUGGACAGAUUUUUGAAUCUCAGACUUCUGGAACUCCUGUGAUCAUCCAAGCAAAUAAUAACACUAUCAUUAUAGCAGAAGGUUGGCCAAAUACAAGUACUGCCUCAGCUAUAACACUCCCAAGCUGUCACAGCUUGGAAAAUAUUUCUGCAAAUAUACAUUGCUCCAAUGUGUAG